GGCCGGCCCAGACGGGGCGGAGAGUCCCUCCUGCCCGCCCCGUCCGCCGGGCCCUCCCUUAUAAAUGGGGGCCGGCGGCGCCGAGCUGUACCGACCGCUGCUUCGCUUCCCUUCCUGCGGUGCGCCCGUCCAGGCUGAAGAAUCGCUCCACGGCUUCUUCCCGGGAUGCCGGACACCUGCGAGGCUCCCGCCCAGGCCGGCCGGCUGGUGACCUUAAACGUGGGGGGGAAGUUCUACAGCUCCACUCUGGACACCCUGACGCGCUUCCCGGACUCCAUGCUGGGCGCCAUGUUCCGCGGCCCCCACCCGGCCCUGACCGACAGCUGCGGGAACUACUUCAUCGACCGCGACGGCAAGACCUUCCGCCACAUCCUCAACUUCCUCCGCUUCGGCCGGCUGGACCUGCCCGAGGGGUACGCAGAACUCUCCCUCUUGCGCACGGAGGCCGACUUCUACCAGAUCCGCCCGCUCUUGGAGGAGCUGCGCCGCGUGGAGGCCGAGCGUCGCUGCCAGAGAGCCAACGCGGUGCUUCACGCCGACGUGGACUACCGCGACCGGCUGCUGCACUUCAACGUGCGCCGCGGACCGCAGAACUACGAACUCUGCACGUGCUCCCUUCAGAUCUUUACGGCCAAUGUUUUCUGCACUGACCCGUAUUUCCUGGCCAUGUUGCGGAGGCGCAUGGGCCAACCGGAUCACGUCAACGGGAAGCUCAGAGAAGGGCUUUCUGGAAGGUGGGUUGGCCGAACCACACAGGAAACUGAGUCUCACGGCUUCAUUGGCCAAUCAGGUGAGUCACAUACUUCGGAGAGGGACUCUUGGAAUGGCCUGAGUUGGGGGGCCGUCAUUGUCAGCAGAGAAUCCGGAAGCGGGAAAAGACCGGGGGACGACGACAACGUCAGGACAAGUAGCCAGUUGAGAAUCGACUCGUACAGUUCAGCUGAUGAAGACGAGGAAACGGCCGAGAAGGCCCUGGACUAUUCCUUGGGCCUGUCCCACGCGGUGACCAAAGAGCGCCAUCACCUCUGCUUGGAGUGGGCCCCCCGCCCGCCAGAGCUACCCGCAGCGGAGUACACAAAGCAGAAAUUGUGUCCGCUGCAGAUGGACGGCAGGGAGAUCCAGACCGCCGGGGAGUUCCUUGAAGAGGUGCUGAGGGCUGCUCUGGCGCAAGGCUUCCGGGUAGACUCGGUUUUUCCUGACCCGGCGGAUAUUCUCAGUGCCCAUUCCUUGCGGUUCGUGCGGCACUGAACGUCUCAGCCGACGCCUGCGGAGGACAAGAGUGUGCAGCGGUCAGCCCGGCCCCGGUGGGAAAUGAGAUGAACCAGCCUCCGAUUCCUGGACCUUCUUGUGCUUGAGGGGCAGAAGCUGGGCUCCGUCUCCGGGUUCCCCGACUGGCCCACCGUGGCUCCCACUGAGAACCCUGGCAUUGAAGACUGCCACCGGGCAACGGUUCAGACAUGCUUAGGGGUCCAGGCACGGCAGUGGUUUCGGGGCAGGAGGGAGCCACCAUGUAGUUACCAGAGGGGUGUCUGUGGGCACAUCUUGAGUGGCAACCGAACUACCUGAGGACGGGACCCUCGACUUCAGGAGGCCCACUGGAGAAUUGUUCUCCUGCAGGCAGUUUCAGUUGUGUGGAUCUGCGGCAGAAGAGAUGGGUUCAAGUCCAGGAGCACCUUGCAGACCAAGAGGAUUGUUUGGGUAUGAGCUUUCCAGUGUCAAAGUUCCUGGAUCCGACGAACGGAGCUUUGGUUCUCGAAAGCUCGUAACCCUGAAAACCUAGUUCAGUGGUUCGCCCCCACGGGCCUAGUUGGUUUCCAAGGUGCUCGUGGACUUGAACCGAUCUGUCCUGUAGGCUGCAUCGUUGAACCACCAUUUAAUCGUUCAGUGGCCUUAAACAGUGUGAUCCUGCGUAUAAAAGGGCUGAAAGAUUUGUCAGGAUCGCAGGAGGGGUUUUAUGCUCUGUGUACCAUGAUCCUCUGUAGGAUUUCUUCCCGGCAGGGCAGGGCAGGGCAGGGGCGGGCUGACGGCUCCAAACUGCCUGGGGUUUUUGCUUUUAGCGCAAGUCAGCCUGGGCGGCUCCCUUUUCCACAUGUCCAGCUGGGUGGGGACGGCAGCGGCGGCUCUCCUGUGCAGGGAGUUACCUGCUGAGCUGGCACUGCUCACCUGCGUACACCUGGCCUUCCUCUUUGUGCCCGUAGCCGCCACAGGCACGUUUUGCCCCAUUAAAUGCUUUGGUCUGUGAUUUGCCUGCUGGCUCUUUUCACUGCGGCAAUUAGACAUGGCUCCCCGUCUGGGGAAUGGGGCAGCAGUCCAACAGGUAGAUUUCCUGCAGGCAGGCAGGAGGGAGGGAAGGUGGUUUUGAACACACUGGAAUGACGCAGUAAAGACCACCGGAACACAGCAACAAAAUAAAGAUGGCCCCACACAAGAUUUCCGGGUACCGUUUGAUCUUGCUGUAAUUUUGCCCCUAUCUGUGUGCUUUGACCCGGCAGUCGCAGGUAAAGCCGAAAUGUGAUGCUGUUCUGUGGAGAAAGGGGCCGUCCUCCUUCGGAAGUGGGAGGAGCCUGUUUGGAAAGGCUCCGCCCUGCGUGUGGCAUCCCUGCCUCAACCCACCUGAGGAGGGCACGGCGGAGGCGUUUCCCUCGUCUGUGGGGUCAGAACCUGGGAACUGGCUGGGUGGGGCGUGUUUGGGAGGGCCGACUCUAUGACCUGAUUUGGCGCUGCCCUUGCGAGGAGGGCCAGACAGGCCUGCGAGGAAAUGGGGGUGCCUAAUAAACGUUGUGGUUUUGCA